AUGCUGACAUCUUCGCUAAAUUUAUCCACGCUAGAGGUGGUGGGAUUUGUACGACGCACUUCUAAGGGCUUGUCAACUUCAGCGGUCUCCAAUUCACGAGCAGUGUACGUAGCGCCAGCGGCAACCUCGGUGGUCGAAGCUGUUUCCAAAGCUCUCAUGGGUGGGGCACUGUCGGAAACCAUCGCUCCAGUACUUGUCGCCAUCAGUGUGGCUGCGCUCAUUGUCGCCAAAAGUGUAGAAAGAGAAAGACGCAUAGCUAUGAAUGUCGGAUUACCUGUGGAGCACGAAGGGAAAUUGGAAAUGGAGUUUAGCUUCGCUGUAGAACUUCCCGAGCUGGCUUCUACACAGCGAAGCUUGUGUGCUUUGCUGAUUGAACAGCCGGCUCGCAAUGCACGUGAUGACUAUUACUAA